CAACAUUGAGGAGCUUUAUCACCUGUUCAGACCGACUAAUCGCGAUACAAUGGCGCUGAACGUACUGAGCUUCAUCAACUUUCAAGGAAUCAAAGCGGAUUUGUUGUCCAAGAACUUCAGCGUGUAUGGACAAUGGAAUGGUCUUCUCUGUGUCAUUCUCUGCCUGGCACUCGGUAUUGCGAAUCUGUUUCAUGUUAACGCUGUGAUUGUGUUUGGUAUCAUCGCGAUAGUACAAGGGCUGGUUCUUCUCUUUGUCGAGAUCCCAUUUCUCCUCAAGAUCUGUCCAAUGUCCGAUAAUUUCAAUGCCUUUAUCAAAAGAUUCAACCAGAAUUGGCCAAGAGCCAUCUUCUACUUGGGAAUGUCCGUCAUCCAAUGGUGCUCGAUCAUUCUGAUGACAACGUCUUUGAUUGUGCCUGCUAUCUUCCUCCUGUUCAGUGCCAUCUUCUACGCAUUGGCUGCUAUGAAGCAUCAACAGUUCCAGAACUCUGCAGGCAAUGUCAUGCACACUGCUGAAACCUUUCCAACUGAUGCUGCAAUCAGAGAGAUCUUGUAA